AUGUCUACAUAUUCAAUUCAAUUCAUACCCGAGAAGCCCUCUCACUUCAUAGUCAACUCGAUGGUGCUGAAUAUUCCCACGCCGAAUCGGGGACCGUAA